AUGGAUGCCCCAAGCCCCAGUGUCUGCAUAAAUGUCCAGAGGGCAGACCGGCUUCCUUGUGCUGGUCCUUCGCAAUCUCGAGAGCUCUGCGAGAAAACUGGUUGUUGCUACGAUCAAAGUGAUCCAAGGACUCCGUGCUAUUAUGGAGACAAAAUUACUGCUAGCUGCACCAUGGAUGGACAACUGUCUGUUGCUGUAUCGAGGGAUGCUACGUUACCGCCAUUGAUCCUGAGCACUGUCCGGCUUCUAAGAGGUCAAGGUGCUGGCUGCACCCCAGUAGCUCAAAAUGAUGUGUUCCUCCUGUUCAUGUUCCCACUGUCAACCUGUGGUACCACUGUUGCUGAAAAUGGUGCAUUUAUGGUGUAUGAAAAUGAUCUGGUGGCAGAGAAGGAUAUUAGGAGUUGGCGUGGUGCAUCAAUUUCCCGUGAUAGCACCUUCAGACUGCACAUCCGCUGUAGUGUUUCGGCCAGUGACCAUCUACCAAUCAGCGCAGAAGUCUUCACGCUUCCUCCACCAUCCCCAGCUUCAAGCCAAGGUCCUGUCUCACUGGAAAUGAGAAUUGCUACAGAUUCAAGUUAUGGUCAGUACUAUGGAGAUGGAGACUAUCCCAUAGUGAAAGUGCUGAGGGAUCCACUGUUUGUUGAAGUUCGUAUUCUAAACAGAAAUGACCCAGCUCUAACACUUGUACUGAACCAGUGUUGGGCAACUACAUCAAGCAACCCCCUUCUUGAGCUACAGUGGCCCAUUUUGGUGGAUAGGUGUCCGUUCGAUGGUGACAAUUACGUAACUCAGUUGGUAUCUAUUGAGGGUUCUGCCAGGCUGGACUUUCCUUCGCAUUAUCAAAGAUUCAUUGUGAAUACUUUUGUGUUUGUGGACUCUAUGAGCCAGCAAUCUCUUGGUGGACUGGUAUACUUUCACUGCAGUGCUUCCCUGUGCCUCCCAUCAUCUUUUGACAGUUGCCUAGCUGCUUGUAGAUCUCCUAGACGGAAAAGAGCCUCUCCAAAUGGUGACUUAGAAGUAAAAUCAGUCUUGGUGACAUCAAAAGGACCAGUGGAUUUCCAUACUGACAACACUGAUAUGUCUAUUAAAGAUGUUGAUCACUUCACUCACACGAUGGACUGGACAAGAGUGGUUGUUGCUGUCUUGCCGUCGGCAGGAACGCCCCCGACGUCAGCUGGAACUCCCACUGACGUCCACGGGAAUGCCCCCGACGUCAAUGGGAAUGCCCCUGACAUCAGUGGGGCCUCCCACUUACGUCACGGGGCUGCCGCUGAUGUCAAUGGGCAUUCCUGGCAAGGGAAGGCUCCGGCUGCAGGGACGGAUUAA